ACACACACACACACACACACACACACACACACGAGUUCUACUGUCAGUGUGUCUGCAGCAAUGGUGUCAUUGGUUUUGUCCAUUCUACUGUUUGUCCCCUGUUUAGCCCAGAUCCCGACCACAUGGGCCGAUGACUGUACCAGCUACUUGGACAAGAGCGGCGUCCGUCACGAUGGCGCCCACUGUGGCCGCAUGCACUGCUGUGGACAGUGUGACACCAAGUUCUGCUGCGCCGACCACACUCAGCGUCUGACCCAGGACGAUCAGGAGAGAUGUGAUGAAAGCGGGAUUACAGGACGAGCCAGGCGUGAAUUCAGGCCUCGCUUUGAAAAGUACGCCAAACGUGCUGUACUUUUGGGCAGCAUCCUGGGCGUCGUCAUCCCUCUCAUCUUCUGCGUGGGUCUGGUCGCCUGCUUUGUGGCUCCCUGCUGCUUCUUCUACAAGAAGUGCAGAAAAGGCCGCAACUCGCAGCGUCAAAAUGUGCCGACGACCACCUUUGUCGCUGUACCCCAUCAACCGCCCCCUCCGGCACAGCAUUACCCGCCGUCUCAGCCGGGCUACCAGGCCGUGCCUCUGCAGCCUGGUUACGGCAUUCCCGCAGCACCACCACCUCCACCAUACGUUGAAGCUGGGCAUCAACUACCUGCUCCGCCUUCUGCUCCUGUUCAGCAUCCGCAGCCUCCAUACAACCCUGCUUACGGCUUCAACCUCUAACACACGCCAAGAUUUGGACUGCAUGCUUUUGUCACCACCUGUGUGGGAUCCUUCAUGAUUACAGCAUUAGUUCAGUUUUCUCUUGUUGUACAUGUUAUUAAAAAAAACCAAACGUG